AUGUACAUUAAACACAGCGGAGGCCCGCUCUAUCAGUCAUUAAGGGCCCAAGAUUUUUUUUUUUGGUUUUCUAUUUUAAUCCGUUAUUUUUCUCCUUUACCAGCACUCGUAGCCACCAUCGACAACCAAAUUGUGGCCUGUUGUGUAGGAGGAUGCCGUUUCGGAAGCCAAGUACAAGAUGGAUCCCACAAACUCCUUUGGAUCAGCCAUGCGCUUCAUUGGGAUCUUGCUCUCCCAUGCCUCCUUCAUUUCUGCGUGGCCAGAAAUGACGUUUUUCGUCAAAGGCGUAAGGAUGUAGCCUGGAGACAAGGAGUUGACACGGAUGUUGUACUUGGCCCAUUCACAGGCCAAAGAGCGCACCAAGUGGAUCACGCCCGCCUUGGACAUGUUGUACAUACAUUGAGGUUGUGGGUCGUUGACAAUGGUGCCGGACAUGGAGCCAAUCAAGAUGAUGGAGCCACGCAAGUUGUUUUGGAUCAAAGGUUUGGCGAAAGCCUGGGCCACGUAGAAAGAGCCCAAGCCGUUGACACGCAUGAUACCCUCGGCAUUGAGCGCUGGGUAGUCCUCGGCCGGGAAGUUCUCACAGUAGCCAGCAGUGUUGAUCAACAAGUCGGCGAUUUUGCCGUGGGCCUCGUUGAUCUCGGCAAAGGUGGUGGCCACAGACUCGGCAUCACCAAUGUUGCAGGACCAGGCCGAAACCAUUCCCACAGGAGAAGCUUUGUCGCCCUUCAAAGUGGCCUCGGCCCACGACAAAACACCUUUGGCUGCCUGCUUUGUGCGUUCCAAGUUGAUAUCGACCAACGCGACAUCGGCGCCCUGGGCAACAAGAGCACGCGAGACCACGUGGCUCAUUCCGCCGGAGCCGCCAGUAAGAAUCGCCAAUCUUCCGUCCAAACGGAAGUUGGGAACAACGUUUUCGUAUGA